GCGAUUGGCCAGUUCAGGUGAUGGAGGUGAUUGGUGGUGAUUGGCUCUUCUUCUUCUUUCCGCGACGAAGAAGAAGAAGAAGAAGAAGUGUGCACACGCACUGCACGCACGCACUUGCGGACCCGCUCGAGGAGCAGCAGCACUGCAACACAAUCACCUGCCCUGACCAAUCGCCCUUCGUGGCUAGCGGCCUCUGCACUCCUGGCUGAAGAAGAAGAAAUUGCAUCUCUCAGUCGCGUCUUCUGCACGUGUUAUCCUGCCCUGCACAUUCAUGGAGUUUAGGUUUCCUUCUGGGUACGGCAGUACCCUCCUCAUUGUACUUCUCUUCAUCCUUGGCUCUAUUUACACGUACUACCCAAUGUCGUGGAAGGGUACUGAUGAAGUGAACCUGGAGGGUGAAGGGUACCUGAAGAACACGUCAGAACUUGAUAACGUGCUGGACCACCGAUUCAGCCCCGGAACGAGAUUCUUGUCGGCGGUGACGAAUGGUGGGUUGGGCAACCAAAUGUGCAGCUACGCUAUCACGUACGCGAUGGCAAAGUUGACCAAGAGGCAGGGAAUCAUCUUCCCCUGGACGUACAAAGACCUGUCGAGGUACUUCCGCAUCACGCUUCCGGUCAUCUUGAACGAGACCACGUGGAAGUGUAGUGGAAGUGCGGGGACUGACUGGAUGUCUGAAGAGCACUACCUACUUCACUCGCCCUGCGUCGUACUCUCUGGUUACUACCAGUCCUGGACGUUUUUCCACCACGCCAGAGAAGACGUCAUCAGGGAAUUCACUUUCCACGAUUCCUAUAGAUUGCAAGCGUGGAGAACGCUGAGCGAACUCCGAGGUAACCGCACACGUCCCACUUACGUAGGCGUCCACAUCCGCCGCGGCGAUUACAUCGGUCGCAUAUGGGACGCAUUUCGGGGCACUUUAGCAGACAAGGGCUACGUCCGGCGUGCCAUGGACUAUUUUCGGGGUCGCUACACGGAAGUAGUGUUCGUGGUUGCGAGCGACGGCAUGUCGUGGUGCGAACAGAACAUAGACAAUUCCCACGGUGACGUAUAUUUCGUGGGGAAUCGCGACACGUAUAAACCGGGCCCCGAUCUCGCACUACUGGCUCACUGCAACCAUACCAUCAUGACCUUCGGGACCUUUGGCUUCUGGGCAGGAUAUCUUGCCGGGGGAGAAGUUACUUACCUGGCAAACUUCACCCUUCCUGAUUCCAGUUGGGCCAGAUCCAUGCCAGACCAGAAGCAGUGCUUACCGGACUGGAUCCCGAUACAAGCCAAUAUUUCUUAUCUGUACAAGAAGGCUUCCUCCGAAGCCACUCCGCAGACGACCGCUAACGCCACCGUGACCCCCGUUGACGAGACAGAAAAGAAAGGGCGACUGUGGGAGCGACUGAAGGAGAUGAUGCGUCCCGUUUUCCGUUAAUCGACUAAUCCGACCGUUAAUCGCUAAUGUUUUCUAAUACAGUGAAACCGUGAGGUUUCGUCUCCUAA